AUGUCUAAUCAAACUCCUAAAAUCAUUAUAGAUGAGGUUUUUAAUAAAUCGGUAUCCAAAUCUAUUAAUCUUUGUUCAGGAUAUGAUUUGGAAUAUGUCAAAAAAUAUUAUGUGAAAUAUGGUAGUUAUAACUAUAAUCGUAUCGAAAAUAUAUACAAACUAGAAAAAAGAUACGAUGAUUUAGCUAUUAUUAGACCCUGUGAAAUACCUCAACAGUGUGCUAUUCAUAUAAAAGAUGAUUUGAAAGAGUUACUUUCUAGAGAAAGAUCUAGCAUUUAUCAUGUAUAUUGUCUCUUCACUUCUUUUGAAGAAGGAA